AUGGGCGCGAUGAAAUCUCUGCUCCAACUGUCGUGGCUGGGCUGUGUCGUGGCCGCAGCGUCUCCAGACAAUGAUAUUCACCAUAGACUACUGGCGCGGUCUAGCGCUCCAAUCUGCAAUGGCACCGCAUCCACGUUGGCGUUGAGUGAUCCACCAUACUCAAAUUACUUCUAUUCGGACUGCAAUGUGGCCGCACAGGCGGUGGUCACCAGCCCGCUGCCAGAUAGCGAUUUGACCCUCAUCGGGCCUCGUUUGAUCGUGGCAUGGCCAGCCGGAGACAGUGGGAUUUGCGCCUACUUCGCGCCCCAGAGUGGUCCCAAUGGCACUCUGGCCAUCGAAAUGGUCAAUUCCACCGUCGGACAUCCCCUCAGUCCGGUGUACUCGACGGGUUCCAACGCUUCUGCGCCUCCGAGCGUUGGUCUUCAGGGCGUGCUUCGCUUUAAUACUUCGGCGACUCUGACUCUUCCGAUCUUGGGAAGUAUUCGUACAAUUCGUGAUUUCGUGGAGGGCCCGAGUCUUCUCCAACCUCAAAUUCAGGAUGCGAUUCGAUUCAUGUCGAACGAAGACGGUUCGGCGUCGCUUCAGCGAACAUGGCUGGACAAUGUUACUUCCACGACGCUGAGCUUCGCGCCAUUCGCAAACAACACCGUGAAAGGGAAAGUCUCAGUCUCGAACCGGACAUUGAACUUUGAGGCAGGAGACUAUCUUGUCUCUGCGUCGAUGGAUUAUCCGCAGCUCACCGCGCUGAAGCCCGCCAUGGUCCUCAACAAUGCGUAUCGAGAACUCAAGACCACAAACGCAGAUCAGGUGGCUGCGCUUUCGUUCCUGUCGUAUUCAGAGAAGUUGCUCGCCGGUGCUUGGCGCUUUCUGACCUACUUUGGUCGAGAUUCGAUGAUCUCGGCACUACUUCUGGAGCCGGUUCUCAGCUCCGGGAAUGGCAGCGCGAUGGAAGCGGUCAUCGGAGCUGUUUUGGAGCGAGUCAACCGUACAGAUGGUAGUGUCUGUCAUGAGGAAACCAUUGGUGAUUAUGCCACAUGGCUCAAUUUGCAGAAUAAUAUCAGCAGUAGCGCCAUGCUCUGUGACUAUAAGAUGAUUGAUUCGGACUACUACUUGCCUGUUCUUAUGCAGAAGUACUUUGUCAACAACCCCGUCGGUCAGAAGCGAGCAGCAUCCUUCCUUAGCACUCCUGCGGGAGCAAUCGACGCCCACAAUCAAAAUUUGACAUGGGGCGAUCUCGCCCUGAUCAGCGCAGAGCGUAUCAUGCGACUUGCUCGUCCCUUUGCCGAGAAGCCCGUCAAGGAGAACUUUGUUCAUCUCAAGAAAGGUCAAAUCGUGGGAGAGUGGCGAGACAGCGAAUAUGGCAUUGGCGGAGGACGGAUCCCUUAUGAUGUCAACACAGCCUUGGUUCCAGCAGCUCUGCGUUCAAUUGCUAUUCUUGCUCGCCAAGGUCUUUACCCCAAGCACAAGCAAUGGUCUCACAUGGCCGAUCGCUACGCACAGGUCUGGGAGGACAAGUCCCUCGACUUCUUCAAGGUGACCAUUCCCGAGUGCGAGGCCAAGGAUCUCAUCAACGACGACGUGGUCUUCCACGCUCUCGCCCUGGAUGGGAACAACAACCUCAGCAAGGUGGAAGUGAUGAACACCGACGACUGUUUCCGCCACUUUCUCCUCAACACUACCAACGAUGCUCAAUUAACCCCGUUCCUUAACAACUCCGCCACGAACAUCCGUCGCACCUUCCCCGCAGGUCUAAUGACCUCGGCAGGCAUGAUCGUCGCAAAUCCCGCAUUCGGCGGGAACCCUGUCUACGCCCAAAACUGGACCACAGGCGCGUAUCACGGAACAGUCAUUUGGUCCUGGCAACUCGCUAUGAUGGCCAAGGGACUCGAGCUCCAGAUGGGUCGGUGCCAACUCAGCGCGAACUUUUCUGUCACGGACCAGCAGAAGCAUCAUUCCGAAAACAGCGCGUCGUGUCCUACGAACAAGACGCCCGUCGCGCCAAUCCCCGAAUUCUGCGGAGACGACUCGGUGUGGGAAAACGUCAAGGCUGCAUACAACGAGCUCUGGGACGUCAUUGAAAAGAACAAGAGUCAGCUUUCGGGAGAAGUGUGGUCGUGGACCUAUCGAGAUGGUGGUUUCCAGGUCACGCCCUUGGGAGUGAUCCCGCCACCCGGCGGAGGUUCUCAGACUGAAUCCGACAUUCGACAACUUUGGUCUUUGGCUUUCCUGGCCGUGACCAGGAGCGAGAAUUACAAGUAG